UGAAUGUAGUUCAUAUGUUGUUUUUUGACCAUCAACUCUUUUUAAAAUUCAAUCCCAAUUUUCACUCUCUGGCUUAUAAAUAUUGUGAUGAAUCACUAUACCAAUUUAAAGACCACAUCCUCACUUCCCUCUCUCUUUAACUUGUGUUUUAAAGGUUUCUUAUGCUCUUGUCUUUAAUUGGUUUUUUUAGCUUUUUAAUUUAUCGAAAAUAACAUGUCUACCUCUGCGUGCGGGCGGACAGGGUGGUUGUUUGAUUUUGGGCUGAGUUUCUGGUGAGGUUGUUCUUGACUAUUGUCUGCCCCCUUUGUUGUUAAACUACCCUUAAAAUGUUGUAAAAAUUCAAUCUUGACUACUGGGGAAAGUCAACCUUUGUAGGUAAAACAUUGCCCUUAAAUAAUAGACUCAAUCUUGAUUAUAGGAUUAAACUGCCCUUCAAGUGUUUGAUUUUGGGUUUCUUAGAAUUUCAUCAAAAUGAAUGAAUCUAAUCCAUCUUCAAAUUCAAGAAACCUUCCUGAUUUCAAACAAUCUGUGAAACUUAAGUAUGUUAAACUUGGUUAUCAUUACCUUAUUACUCAUGGAAUGUACCUGUUUUUGUCACCUCUAGUUGUUAUUAUUGCUGCUCAACUCUCAACAUUCUCACCAAAUGACUUUUAUGUUCUUUGGGAUCAGCUUAGGUUCAAUCUCAUAUCUGUUGUCAUUUGUUCCACCCUUUUGGUCUUUUUGUCUACUGUCUAUUUCAUUACCCGUCCUAGCCCGGUCUACCUUGUUAAUUUCUCGUGUUAUAAACCCGAAGAUGCUAGGAAGUGUACAAAGGGGACUUUCUUGGAGAUGUCUAAGUCUGUUGGAACAUUUUCAGAUGGAAAUCUUGAGUUUCAAAGGAAGAUUGUUGAGAGGUCUGGUCUUGGUGAUUCAACUUACCUCCCUGAGGCUGUGACUAAUGUACCGCCAAAUCCUUGUAUGGCGGAAGCAAGAAAAGAAGCUGAGGCUGUCAUGUUUGGAGCUAUUGAUGAGCUUCUUGCUAAAACCUCUGUUAAGCCUAAGGAUAUUGGGAUUUUAGUUGUGAAUUGUAGCUUGUUUAACCCGACCCCUUCUUUGUCCGCGAUGAUUGUUAAUCAUUAUAAACUUAGGGGGAAUGUUAUUAGCUACAAUCUUGGAGGAAUGGGUUGUAGUGCUGGUUUGAUCUCGAUUGAUCUUGCGAAAGAUCUUCUUCAAGUCCAUCCUAACACUUAUGCCUUAGUGCUUAGUAUGGAAAACAUUACUUUGAAUUGGUAUUUUGGUAAUGAGAAAUCCAUGCUCCUUCCGAAUUGUUUAUUCCGGAUGGGUGGUGCUGCUGUGUUGCUCUCAAAUAAACGAUCUGAUAAGAAACGAUCAAAGUACCAGCUGGUCCAUACUGUUAGAACUCACAAAGGUGCUGAUGAUAAGUGCUUCACAUGUGUUUACCAAUUGGAAGAUUCCGAUGGAAAAGUUGGCGUCUCUCUGUCAAAAGAGCUAAUGGCAGUAGCUGGCGAUGCUCUGAAGACAAACAUCACAACAUUAGGUCCUCUUGUGCUUCCUAUGUCUGAGCAGUUCCUUUUCUUCGCCACAUUGGUGGGAAGGAAGCUAUUGAAGGCGAAGAUAAGACCUUAUAUCCCCGAUUUUAAGUUAGCAUUUGAGCAUUUCUGCAUUCAUGCUGGUGGAAGAGCUGUACUGGAUGAACUAGAGAAAAACCUUCAGCUUUCUGAUUGGCAUAUGGAGCCUUCACGAAUGACACUUCAUCGAUUUGGCAACACUUCAAGCAGCUCCCUUUGGUACGAAUUGGCCUAUUCUGAAGCUAAAGGAAGAAUCAGGAAGGGAGAUCGAACGUGGCAGAUAGCAUUUGGUUCAGGAUUUAAGUGUAACAGUGCUGUUUGGAAGGCUUUGAGAAGUAUAAAUCCAGACAAGGAGAAGAACCCCUGGAUGGAUGAAAUUCACCAGUUCCCUGUUGAUGUUCCAAAAGUUGCAAGAAUCUAAACUCAAUGGAACUUAAUAUUGGCUAAGUGCUUCCUAAAUGUGUAAAGUCAUUAGUUGAUCCAAAUUUUUUCGAGUUUCUAAAAGAUUUAUGAAUAUUGAACUACUUGUUUUCAAAUCUUUAUGAAUGUCCAAGUAUACCUGUCAAUCGGACUUAGAGUCUUACUAAAGCUUUACUAAAGCUUUGUGCUGUACUUGACAAUUUAUUCACUAAUCUUUCAAUCUUGUAAGCUCCGUGUGGAACGUCA